AGAAGUCCGAACCGUCAUCCUGCGCGGCGUGUGCCGUUGUAUCAUCUCAGGAGUCAGGGCAUGAAAUCAACCGGGAGCUGGUGGCGUCAGAAGGCUGAAGUGGAGAGGAGAGAGACAUGAAGAUCGUGUGGAAGAAGAAGGGCGAUAAUGAAAAGAAGAGGUCCCGAGCCAAAUUGAUCUCUUCAAAACAAGGCCUCCCGUUCGAAUCCGCGGAGGAAGCCGAAUCUCUGAAUCAUAGUCAUGGCGAUACCCUAGCUUCUGACCCCAAUUCCAAGCAGCUUGCAGAGUCCUUCGAAUCUCAGGGUAUCCAGCUUGCCGAGAGUGGAAAAUAUAGUGAGGCUCUUGCAAAGUGGGAGACGGCAAUUACUCUGACGCCUGGCAAAGCAAAGUUGCAUGAACAAAAGGCACAAGUGUUGCUCGAGAUUGGAGAUACAUGGAAUGCUUUAAAGGCUGCAACUCGGGCUACAGAAUUGGAGCCUGCUUGGUCUGAGGCUUGGAUCACGCUUGGUAGGGCACAGUUAAACUUUGGAGAACCUGCCAUGGCAAUUGAAAGCUUUGAUAAAGCUCUGGUGAUCCAGCCUCAUAACGAGGAAGCUCAGAGCGACCGCCGAACUGCAUCUCGUCUGAUAAAGAGGCAGAAACAGUUACAUUCAUCAGGCUUGUCGAUUACAGAUAGUCGGUACAGGGUUGGAGAUAAGGAUGAAUCUACUAUGCCUCAUAAGCCCUUGGCUCCAGAACCAUAUGCAGAACAAUAAGAGUAUCAGAAAGUUGAGGAUAUCACAUAAAAUCCUAACUUAUUUAAGUUUUCAGCCCUUUAAUAUCAAUUUCUUAGCAUUCAAACACAACCUUCUGAUCAGAGAAGCAAAUAUGGCCAGUCAAGGAGAGGUGGUAGAAGAUAUGGGUUCUUUUUUAACAUUUUUUUUUCUUUGCCUCCAAUGUGCUAAAGAUGGUUCUGAAUUGCUUUAAGAUUAUUUGUUGGAUGAAUAGGCUGUUCUUCAAAGAAUUGUAACAGAAAGAUAUAUUUUGUACAUGGUCUACUUUUUCUGUUAAGAUCUAUUUAGGCUUCGUUUGA